AUGGAGGGCGACAGCCCCCUCCAGGCUGAUGGCCCCAUGGAGGAUGACAUCAGCUCCGUGGAGGCUGGUGGCCCCCUCCGGGGUGAUGUCCUGUCCGUGGUGAUGUCCCCAGGGAGGGUGGUGUUCUUCGGGGUGCCGCUGCACCCACCCCAGGGUGCUGCCGUGCCACCGGGGUUCCCAUCCCCGCAGCACAUUGUGGGGUGCUUGGGCACCCUGGGGGCCGCCUGGCACCUGGAGCUUGAUGCCUUCGAAGCGGUGACUCCCCGGGGCCCAGUGACCUUCACCAACGUGGUGGCCACAGUGGCCCCCGCCCCCCCUCGCCGCCUGCCCCUGCUGCUGUUCCUGGAUGGGGAAGAAGCCUUUGGGGACUGGAGCGUCACUGACUCCCUCUACGGCGCCCGGCAUCUGGCGGCACGUAUGGCCGCCAGCCCCCACGGGCCCCGUGGCACCCAGAUCACUGCCAUGAGUCUGCUGGUGCUGCUGGACCUGCUGGGCGCCCGCCACCCCGCCACCCCCAGCCACUUCUCCCGCACCCACCACUGGUUCCUGCGCCUCGUCGCCAUCGAGCAGCGUCUGCAGCGGCUGGGGCUGCUGCGCGCCCCCCCCCAGGACCAGCCCUUCUUCCGCCUCAGCCCGGCCCCAGGACCCGUUGAGGACGACCACGUCCCCUUCCUCCAGCGAGGUGUCCCUGUGCUGCACCUCAUCCCCAUGCCCUUCCCGCGCGUGUGGCACACCCUCGAGGACACCGAGGACAACCUGCACCCCCCCACUGUGGAGGACCUGUGCAAGAUCCUGGUUGCCUUCGUGGCCGAGUUCCUGCAGCUCUGA